UGUGUUCAGUCAGGUAUCUUGAGCAAUAUAGUUAACGUAUUGCGAUAUUGGAAGUCCUGUAAGUAUCUUCAACCAAAUCGGUGGCUGCAAAGUUGGUUGAGAAGAGAAAUUCAGGCUCUUUUGCAGGAAGAGGAUGUUGAAAUUAUUGUACACCAUAUACUUGGUGUGGUUGAUUCAUUCUUGAGAAGGGGUGAUCAAUCUCAUCAAAUGAGAACACCUGAAACAAAACAAGGAGAGUUCAAGAAUCUAGUCUCUGAUGCAGCAAGGCCUUUUCUAGCAGCAAGAACAGCACAAUUCGUGAAUGAGUUGGAAUUGUUUCUUGCUUCAGGUUUCAACAUUAAAGCCUAUGAUGAAGUAUACAUGCAACAGUUGGGUUGGAACACUCCUAGAUUGACUGGUGAGGGUGCAGAUGUAGAACAUAGUGAACACACACCAAUAGUCCCAUACUUGUAUAUUUUUGACGAUGACUCUGAUGAAACUGAUUGAGGCUGCAGAAGGAGAACCUAGUGAAUUCACGCCCACCUGGAAUCCCAUAUUUCUGUCUUUGAUGACGACU